AUGUUAAAAGUCCAAGCCCUCCUUCAAGAUGUGCAGAUCCGUGUGGAUGGCCAAUUGCUUCCACUGAUAGGAUGUGCGACCCUGGUUCUCGCUCUCGUUCCUGUCCUAUAUAUCGCCUUAGAGCAGGAUAUUGGUAUUCCAUUGGUGAGGGAUACAGGUAAAAAGCGAUUUCAGCUGUCCACCUUUAUUGCCUACUUCUUCCACGCAGACGACGUGCUGCGAGAGGCCUAUGACACCUACUUGAAGCAUGGUCGAAUAUGCAGAAUUCCGGACAAGAGCUUCGGAACGAUGAUCGUAUUGCCAAACUGCCACAUGAGGUGGAUGCUGUCGCAGCCGCAAAGCGCUCUCGAUACUCGCGAAGCGAUUGUAGACAUCGUUCAGGCUCGGUGGACAGUCGGUCAUGAAAGGUACUUCACGGAUGAGUGGCAUCCAGGACUUCUCAGGCGUUCGACCCGCUCUUUCAUGGAGACGGAGAUCCCCAAUUUCCAAGAGGAGCUGGAACUUAGCUUGUCCAGUAUUCUGGGCAAAGAUGAGACUAAUUGGAAGGAAGUCAACCUGGCGAAGGCUGUGAAGCUUAUCCUUAUCCGAUCAACUUCUCGAUAUAUCGUCGGGUCACCGCUCUGCGGCGACGAUAAAUUUAUUAAAUGGACCUUAAUAUUCAUGGAGGUGAUUACUCCAGUUGGAGAGAUCCUGCGGCCUAUGCCCCAGAUAUUCGUUCAGAUAAUCGGUCGAGUUCUGGCUAUUCCGCGGAGCAUGGUCAUCGGCAAAUUAAAGGGCCUACUGCAGUCCACGUACGAUGAACGGCUCAAUGGACUUAAGAAUGGCCAAAAACCAGAAGAUGGACCAAAGGACUUUCUCCAACACUUGAUGCGGCAGCUCUACGAGGCCAAAAGCCCCGAUCUAAACCUCCAUUUUGUCACCACUCACAUCGUGAUCUUCCUGAUGGCUGCCAGCGUACAGCUCUAUAUGUUGACUCCACACAUUAUAUUCGACAUGCUCGCAUCGGACCACGAAUACGGAACCAUGUCGCAGGUCCAGGAAGAGCUGAACGAGAACUUCGGCCCAGCCAAGAAAAAUGAGCCUCGAUGGACCAGAAACGACGCAUCCAAGCUAAUUAAGCUGGACAGCAUCCUCCGCGAGUCUCUACGCCUCAACCCCCUAUUGAGCAACAGCAUGUCGCGCAAAGUCAUGGUCUCCGGUCUCCAGACACCAGACGGUUAUACCCUACCCAAGGGCUCGACCGUCGCUCUUCUAGCGAGAACAGUCCAGAAAGAUCCUGACAUCUACCCCGAGCCCGAGAAAUUUGUGCCGUUUCGAUUCGCCGGGCCGGACGGGAAGAGGCUAGGGGUCACAUCGUCGGAGUUCUUGGCUUUUGGACACGCGCAGUAUGGCUGCCCGGGUCGCUUUCUUGUGGCUGUAGAGUUGAAAAUGCUGCUUGCGUAUCUGUUCAGGCAUUAUGAGGUCGAGUUGCCAGCAGAGUAUGACGGCAAACGACCGCCGGCUAUGUGGAUUACGGAUAUGAAGAUUCCGCCGCAAAACGGGAAGAUUAGACUCAGGAAAAAGCCACUCAGUGAGAUAUGA